AUUUUACUGGUUGGACUAGUCACAUACGCAUCGAUAAACAUCGCGGUAAUUUGCGUGGUAUAGUUAAAGAAUUGUAUAUGUAAUUAUGAACUGGACGCUGUUUAUCAGGUCAAAAAUCAUCCUAAGUUCUCAAAAGGGGAAUAAUUUGGGAUAAUUAAUUCCUGCAUGGAAAGGAUAUCAGAAAACAUCAUGACCAUGUAUAAUCAGUCUUCUAACAGUGCAGCCAAUGUCGCCCUGGAAUCGCUAAGUCUCUUCAUCAUCAUGCCUGGUUCCAUUCUGGCGAGUGGUAUGGCCACGUUUGUCAUUCUCAACACACGUAGUCUACGGAAACACGCUCACAAUCUUCUCAUUCUUUCUCUGAAUAUUGCGGACCUAGGAGUAGCCCUCUUCACCAUGCCAUGCGCGAUGAUAUCUGUAUUUGAUGGUGGAAAAUAUCUCACGAGAAAUACCAACGCAUGCAAGGUAAACGGUUUCCUUGCUGUGUUGUUCACAUUCGCUAUCCCAUCACUCAUCCUCACCAUCACAUUAGAACGAUUCCUGGUCGUCAAUCUCUCUCAAAGAUUCCCGCCAAACAGAAGACGCGUUUACAUAUUCAUCGCGAUAUCAUGGGGGACAUCAUUGAUCUCGGCAAUCCUACCACUGACCGGUUGGAUAUCAUCUUACACCUAUAUCCCAACAACCAGACACUGUUCCCCACCUUGGCUUGACCCCGUCUUCUACGUCGCUGGGAUAAGCUUACUCGUAGUUGAAAUCCCUUUACUGCUGCUCCUCUAUGCCGCCAUAAUCUACAAUCUCAAGAAAACUGGUACCAAACUGAAAAAGACAGGACUGGGGGAUAAAUCCUGUAAAGAGUGUUCCGCCACAGGUGAUGAAACCACUUCGCCUCCACCUUCAGUCUCACGUCCGCUCGAGGAUGAUCCUAAGGUUGAAUCAGAGACUGUUCAUGGAAUUCCAAAUGUUACCUCUUCAACCGAGGGUACAGUUGUAUCCUCAAGUGGAGUAGAGUCUAAGACAACGAGAGGAAAGAUACGAGCAAAUUUGAAGACUAAAGGGAGGCGACUUUUUAAGCAGAAAAGUUUUGGAGCGAGGAAAAGGCAAUGGUCUGCACAGAGAAGGGUUGCUACGAUUGGUGCUGUGUUAGUGAUCACAACAAUCAUCUGCUGGAUACCAUACCUUCUUGUCCAUCUGGAUAUCAUACCACUGCCCGACAAUCACUGGUUUGGUGUGAUGACUAUGUGGUUUGCCUUCACAAACGUUUUACUCGACCCAGCCAUUUAUACCUUUAUGAACCGACAGGCACGAGCUGAACUCCAGAGGUACUUCAAGAACUUGAAGAUUUCGUGUCAGUUGAAACCAUGUCGAGUGCAGCUGCAACAUUGUAUCAGAGGGGAAGAUUGAAAGACGUUUUCCUUUUAAAUGCUACUGGAUGUCGGACUGGAUGUUUUGGGCGGACGAUAUCUGACUUGACUGAAUUUAGAAGAAGGAACAGUUAAGACUGGUGUAUACAGAUUUUUAUGUCGCACGUCGUGGUUUCUGGGACGAUUCCGUAAAAUGUUAAUUGAACAAAACAUGUAUAUCAAUAUUGUAGUAGGUCCAUGAUCAAUUAUAAGUGCCUUCUUUAUUCGCGUGGCUGUUGCCGGCCGACCGGAUAAGGGGCUGUUGACGUCAAUCUAGUCUAUUUCUAGAAUUCUUCUGAUGAUGGAGCAUGGAAAUUUCAAUAUCCCUGAUCCUAUUUUUAGGUCCAAUCUAGAUAUGAGUAGAGAAGAAUCAAUGUCGAACAAAUAACAAACAGGCCUCAUGGCCAUGCAUGAAGAAUCAACUAAAACUGAAAAAGUAUACUUCAUUUUAAAGUUCGGCAUUGUUUUAUGCGGGAGGCGAUUAUUUUUUUUUUCUUUUAAUGCCAUAGAUAAUCUGUUUUGAAGACUUCACACUAGAAAGACAUGUAUUUGUUCAAAGUCUCACAUCAAUUUCAAACAAAAAGAGAGUAAUUUGGGAAAUAAUUUCUUGCCCUUGCUGUGAUUCGAAGCCAGACCCUCGUCAUUGUAAGCGCAGGGUUCUCCCACAGUACCACAUUGCUUUAGUCGUUGCAAGCUUGACGAAUCGGGUUUAUGAUAAUUAACAAGGUAAAUAUUACGAGGAGUAGUCAUCAACGGACCAAAAGAAAAUGUCCGAUUAAGUGAGUCGGACCAGUCGUAUGCACAUCAUGGUCUGAAUUGAUAAGUAGUGGGCUUGUGUCAUCAAACCUGACCAUUCGAGAAAAAGGCACCCUAAAUUCUAAAAGAGCGAGUCCAGUUUACCCGAUGAAAAUUAUAGCAAAGUUAUCGAAUGGUCGGGUAAACUGGAUCCGAUGUUUCGAGAAUUUAUGGAGCCCUUUUCUCGAAUGGUCGGAUUUAUUGUGUCUUUUAUUGUGUAAGAUCAAAACAACGAAUCAAAAUUAAAAGCUUCAUAUUUCAAAAUUAGAAUAAGAAAAAAAAGUUCGAUCAAGCAUAUUCGCAAUAUACUUGCAUAAUAUUAAACACUUCUAUAAGUCACAUAGAAAUGUUUCACUGAAAAGAUUUCAAUAUUUUCGUAUUAUUUUGAGCCUGAAAUACCUCAUUGAAUGUAAUUAUAUAUUCGAAAAUAUAAUUAUUAUAUUGGGGAUUCGAAAUUCAUCAGAGUCAAUAAAUGAAAUACUAAAACAAGAGUGUCGCUAAGGCGAGAACAUAAUACGCCCGUCUGUAACGCGGAAAAUGGAGUUACUGGUCAAGCAAGAAAAGUGGAAGAUGGCGACUUCACCUUUGACCUUGUGACCUCAAAAUCAAAAGAAUUGCUAGGAUCUAUGCUAGUAUCAUACACACCAAAUUAUAUGAGCCUAGGUUAAGUUCAACAAGGACUUUAGAAGGGUAAGAUGAAAACAUGUUACUGUGACCUUGACCUUUGACCUUUUGACCUCAAAAUCAGAAGGCCGGGGAUCCAUGCUAGUAUCAUGCACACCAAAUUAUAUGAGCCUAGAUUAGGUUCAACUGAAGUAAUCGCGUUUACAAGGACUUCAGAAGGGUAAGAUGAAAACAUGUAACUCUGACCUUGACCUUUGACCUCAAAAUCAGAAGGCUUCCUGGAUUUAUGCUAGUAUCAUGAACACCAAAUUAUAUGAGCCUAGGUCAAGUUAAACUGAAGUUAUCGCGUUUACAAGGACUGCAGAAGGGUAAGAUGAAAAUAAUGUAACUGUGACCUUGACCUUUGACCUCAAAAUCAAUAGGCUUCUUGGGAUUCAUGCUAGUAUCAUACACAACAAAUUAUAUGAGCCUAGAUUAAUUUAAACUAAAGUUAUCGCGUUUACAAGGACUUCAGAAGGGUAAGAUGAAAACAUGUCAGUGUGACCUUGGCCUUUUGACCUCAAAAUAAAUAGGCUUCCUGGGAUACAUGCUAGUUACAUACACAACAAAUUAUAUGAGCCUAGAUUAAGUAAAACUGAAGGACUGCAGAAGGGUAAGAUGAAACAUGUCAAUCACUGUGACCUUGAACUUUGACCUUUUGACCUCAAAAUCAAUAGGCUUCCUUUGGAUCCAUGCUAGUAUCAUACACACCAAAGUACAUGAGCCUAGAAUAAGUCAAACUGAAGUUAUCGCGUUUACAAGGAAAAGUUAACGGACGGACGGACACCAAGCGUGAUACCAUAAUACGUCCCGUCUAGGACGGGCAUACUAAAAAUGAUACAAGCUCAGAACGUUUUAAGAAAACUUCGGGAUUGAAAGCCACGUAUAUUCCAAACAUAUAAAAUAGUCUAUACAUUAUGUAGUACACACUUAAGCUCCAAUCCAUCAAUAUAAAGAGUAUCUUGCAUGAUAAAUCAAUGUCUAACGAAAAUUUUAAUAGGUAUUUGUGUUUUAUUUUCAACGGACGAUAAUUUCGUCGCAAACGUUCGCCGAUUUUUUUUUCUCAUUUAGCCGGUGUAGGAGUCAUUUGAACUUUUAAAUGUUAUAACAAUUUCUGUGAAAAGAAAGCUGUUUGCGACAAUAAAAUUUAUUGAAUAAUUUUCUUGUGUAUGAGUGGCAAAUGAUUGCAAAAGUAGCAAAUUUGAGACUUCGCCGAGGUGCGUAAAAGGUAUCACAAUGUUCGUAACACGUAACAGGUUUUAAAAAGUUCUUAAACAUUUUUUUUUUAAUUUGGAAACUGUAAUGGGAUGGUGUUGCUGAAGCGACCACAAAUAUCGACCCACAAAUAACAAACCCUUGCGAAAUCAUUAAUCUGCUCCGCUUGAAGGCACUCGCCACUCAGUAAAUCUAUAUCCCUCCUUUUCUCUUUGCCCAAUAGCACAGUGAGAGGGCACCCUUUCAGUGUUACUAGGCAUACAUAUCAAACAUGCCAAUAGAACUGAAAUACACAUGGAUGUGAUUACGGAUUAAGCAAUGUUUCAUUUUGAAAUACAAGACCGCUUGAACAAUUAGUUGAAUUGAAUCAAUAUGAAAAAUGAAAUGAUUAACACAACGCUGAAAAUUUCAUCAAGAUCGAAAAGAAAGUUACGGCAUGUUAAAAAAAAAAAACACCUAAUUUUCACAAAACAUUAAUUCCAUAUUCAUAUCAAAGUCAUGUAUGCGAAAAAGAGAACAAAUAACGGUGCACAUACAUAUUAAAUUCAUAAUAAGAAAUGUUUAAUGUUUUCAUAAAUUUAGUAAUAAAGAAGCUUUUGAUUGAAACGUAAUGAUUCAUAAUAAGGGAUAUUCCACAGGUCCAAUCCGGAGCCAAAACAUGAUUGUACAUUAAGAAAUACAAGACAGCUACAAUGAAGUUACAACUAUAUGUACUAUCUCGACAAGAUACAUUCUGUGACACCUAGUAAUAAAGAAAAAAGAAAACAAAUUGUUUUUCUUCGGCAAAAACAUGAAAAGCAUAGUCAGUGUGGCAUAUCCUGUUGUGUUACACUUUUCAGACAUUGACCUAUAUCUAUAACCCUUUCUCCUAACAAUAUUGGUCCAUAUGCUUCAGUAAGAACAAUGACAACCCAUUCC